UAUAACCCUCUCUGGCUUUAGGAUUGGGUUUGCAUUUCUCUUCAGAAGGGGCCAGCUUGUACAUGAAGAAAGGGGUUGAACAUUUGGGAAAGCCCUUUUUUCUUGGACUGCUGACGCGUACCGCGGCUACGUGCUGCUCCGGAGCCCCGCGGAUUACUUUCCAACUUUAACAGCCUCCACCAUGAUACUUCACUUUCUAGCUUUGGGGGCCUUUGUUUUUCAGACUGAAUGUUACUUUUCGGAGGAGAAGUAUCCAGAGGAGUCGAAAAUGCAGCCUCCAACCGUGGUUAUCGCUAUCAUAGCGAGAAAUACCGGUCACUCCCUGCCAUACUACCUCGGAGCUCUGGAGAGACUCAACUACCCCAAAGAUCGCAUCUCUGUGUGGGCAGCCACGGAUCACAACACAGAUAACACCACAGCCAUACUGAAGGAGUGGCUGACUGUCAUGCAGAAAUAUUACCAUUAUGUUGAGUGGAGACCAAUGGACAAGCCAACGUCCUAUGCUGGAGAGCUGGGUCCUAAGCAUUGGCCCAACAGCAGAUACGAAUAUGUGAUGAAGCUGAAACAAGCAGCGCUCAACUUUGCCAGGAAACGCUGGGCUGAUUAUAUCUUGUACGCAGACACGGACAAUAUCCUCACAAAUCCAGAAUCCCUCAACCUGCUGAUAGCAGAAAACAAGUCAGUCAUCGCUCCUAUGUUAGAUUCUCCGGGGGCGUACUCUAACUACUGGUGUGGUAUUACUCCACAGGGAUAUUAUCGUCGAACAGCAGAGUACUUCCCCACCCGUCAUCGUCACCGAGUGGGCUGCUUCCCUGUGCCUAUGGUCCACAGCACCCUGCUGCUGGAUUUGAGGAAGGAGGGCAUGAAAAAACUUGCUUUCUAUCCUCCUCAUGAGGACUACUCGUGGCCCUACGACGAUAUUAUUGUUUUUGCCUUCUCCUGUCGGGCUGCAGAGAUACAGAUGUACCUGUGCAACAAGGAGCGCUACGGCUACCUGAACGUUCCAGCCAAACCGCACUACACCUUAGAAGACGAUCGUCUCAACUUUGUCCAUGUUCACCUUGAGUCUAUGAUCGACGGGCCACCCAUGUAUCCUUCCCGUUUCAUCCACAUGUUUCCAAAACAGAGAGACCUCCUGGGAUUUGAUGAGAUUUAUCUGAUUAACCUGCGACGGCGUGCUGACCGCAGAGACAGGAUGUUGUUCUCUCUAAACGAGCUUGAGAUUGACGUCAAAGUGGUCGAUGCCGUGGAUGGAAAUGCACUGAACAGCAGUGACAUUAAGAUUUUGGGUGUCGACCUGCUGCCAGGAUACUAUGACCCAUUCUCUGGACGCACUCUGACCAAAGGAGAAGUGGGCUGCUUCCUCAGUCACUAUUACAUCUGGAAGGAGAUGGUGGACAUGCAGAUGGAUAAGGCCCUGGUCUUUGAAGAUGAUGUUCGCUUUCAGGCCAACUUCAAGCGACGAAUACUCAAAAUGAUGCAGGAUGUGGAGCAGGUGGAGCUGGACUGGGACAUCAUAUACUUGGGCAGGAAGCAGGUGAAUCCUGGAAAGGAGGAGCCAGUGGAGAACGUUCGUAACUUGGUGAUGGCCGACUACUCGUAUUGGACUCUGUCCUACGCCAUCUCCCUACAGGGAGCCCAGAAACUCCUCAAUGCUGAGCCACUUUCCAAGAUGCUGCCUGUUGAUGAAUUCCUCCCCAUUAUGUACGACAAACAUCCGAACGAGGACUACAAAUCCCACUUCCCCAAUAGAAACUUACAAGCCUUCAGUGCGCACCCCCUCCUGGUCCAGCCGUGUCACUACGCCGGUGAUCCCCAGUGGGUGAGCGACACAGAGACGUCGACCCUGUGGGAUGAUGACUCUGUGAGGACUGAUUGGAGGGGCUCCCACAAGACCCUGAAAGGGGCUGCCCCGGCACCCGAGAUGCUGUCAGUCGCCUACAGGGAUGAACUUUAGUGCAGCACAAAUGUAGCUGAGGAGAAUCUGCAGGUCCACAGGCCAUGAGGUCAGAGAGACUGUUACUGAGGAGAGAGUGAUACUUUCACUCCACCUUGUGUCAUAAAACUGACAUGCUCAGUGUCAUUUAACCUGAGCUUCUUAGAUAGGAGGCAACAACAUAAGAUAUGGUGUUCGUUUCGGCUUUGUGUAAAGACAUGCACAGUUGUCUCGGUGUAAUAAAUGCGUCAACCUGCACAAUAGAUUUUUCUCAAACAACCCCAUGUUUAGAGUGUUUAUCCUUCUAUGUGCUUUUCUUUUACUUUGCUCAGUCAUCUAGUUUAGUUGCUUCAUUUAGAGCGUUAAUUCAUUCUGUAUGGUUCGUGUCAACCUGUUUAAAUGUACUCCUGUGAUAGUGCGUAAUCUGUUGAUCAUAUUCUAACUGAGGGUUCAGUAAUUGCACUGUUAACAACUCCUGGCAAGUCUGGAAAAAAAAAGUCUGAAAUGUAUUGGCUAUUGUUUUUUUUCUUUUCUUUUUUUCGUGUUGCUAUAAUCUGUCUGUACAUUUCUGUGCUUGCGUGUGUCCUCCACUGGGGACUGGAGAGUUAACACAAAUCUCGAAUGACCAUAAUUGAUAAGUAUUUUGUUAGUAGCUCUUACACAUUGAAUGUUUGCUUUUGAUCAGUUUACGCUUCUUCAGAUUGAUUUUUUUUUUUUUCUUAACUUAAUGGAUUAACUUGGAUUAUCUUCUACUCCCUAGCUGUAUUUUAAUAUUUUCACAUUUAGCCAUGUUCAUCCUUAGGAGUUUAACAUGAACUGGAAACAAAAUUACCUUCAUGUAAUUUUGCGCAUAUUACUGGUUUUAAAAUAUUACGUCAUGAUUCGAGAACCGUUUGAGAAGAUUUCAGGUUUUAUGACACUAUUACAACCACGAGAAAUUCCUAAAGUAAAAAUACUUUUUUUUGAAGGCCCAAUUACUUACAUAAAAUCUAUGCAACAUGUUGAGGCUUGAAGAGUGUAGCUUUGGUUUUUAUCCAGUUUUGGAGAGCGUCCACAUGUUAUGUUUAAAAAGUAUAAAUGCUAUGUGUUGCUUAAGUGUUUAAAGGUCUUAUGAAAGUACAGCCUUUAACAGUCUUUUGUAGCAUCGCUGUCGCUCCAGGAUUGAGCUGACACUCGUCUAGACAGGGUUGCAGUGCAGGUAACUGAUGUCGCAAGUUUGUGGAUUUGAUCAGGUCAAACUAAACUUGUAUUUCAUUUUUGUGCGCAUUGAUGACGGUCUGUUUCGUAUAUUGUUUUUUUGACAUUGAAGAUUUGUUUUCCUGCAAAUAUCUUAACUUAUUUGUUUUUCUUUGUGAAUCACAGAUGAGUUGCACAACAUGAUGUACGAUACGUGGGUCCAGUUUUGUCUCUGGGUCUACUUUUUGUCUCUGCAUCUUUGAGCAAUAAAUUUAUAUUAAUAUUA